GAAUUAAUAUAUUUUUUCAGGUACGACAAUCCAAGAACAAUAGCAGGACAAGGAACAAUAGGUUUGGAAAUAAUGGAACAAGUGCAAGAUAUAGAUGCUGUAGUCGUUCCAACAGGAGGUGGUGGUCUGUUAGCUGGAGUGGCAGUAGCAGUAAAAACAUUAAAUCCUAGUAUAAAAAUUAUAGGAGUUGAAUCAGAAAGAUGUGCUAGUUAUUCCAAAGCAAUGGAGACUGCAGGGCCUACUCAUACAGAUAUCGAAGCUACACUAGCAGAUGGUCUUGCCGUGCCCCAAGUUGGUUUUAAUGCUUGGAGGACCUCUAAAAAUUUAAUAGACAAAAUGGUUGUAGUAAAAGAAGAAUGGAUAGCCGUAGCAAUAUUAAGGUUUAUUGAAAACGAAAAAUGCGUAGUUGAAGGAGCUGGAGCAUGUGGACUGGCAGCUAUAUUGUCAGGUCACUUAGAUGAAUUUAAAGGAAAAAGAAUUGUACUGAUUUUGAGUGGCGGUAAUAUUGAUACAACUAUAUUGGGCCGAUGUUUAGAGAGAGGUUUAGCGGCAGAUGGUCGACUAGUUAAAUGUAAAAUAACCGUAAGUGACAGACCUGGAGGAAUUUCGGAGUUAUGCAAACUUAUGGGAUCAAUCGGAGUAUCAAUUAAAGAUAUUAUUCAUGAACGAGCUUGGGUAACAUCGGAUGUUUUUAGUGUAGAGGUUAAAGUCGUGUGUGAAACCAGAGAUUAUAGUCACACAAUAGAACUGAGGGAAUUGCUUUAUUCCAAAUACAAGAAAGUGCAAUUUGACAACAUUCCCAUGAACAAUUUUGUUUCUUCUUCAACUGGUGAAUUUGAUUAAACAAUUUUGAUUUUCUUUAUGAUGAAAAUCCUUUUUAAAAACUGAUCAAAUAUAAAAAAAUAAAACAUUGCUAGAAGAUGAACAAAGAAAAAAAAUGUUGAUCCCCACUUGAUAUUAUUCACCUAUACUUUUAUUUUUUAUAUUUAUAUUUUUGACUGCUUCAUAAUUAUAUUCUGAUUGUAAUUUAAAUUGUAAUAUACAUUUUUUAAUUUUUAAAUA